AUGAAUCAAAACAUCCAAAGUUCUUCAAAAAAUUCAAAGUGAGUAAAUGCAUUUAUUACUAAAAAAAAAAAAAAUUGAUUAUUGAAAAAAAUAUUUUUCAUAAAUAUCGAUGACAUCAAAGCAAAGAAGAUUAUAGAUAAUCUACAAAAACAGAUGUGCUUAGGAGAAGUAACAAAACCUAGUGAUAUCAAUCCUACUACUCUUGGAUGGUCUGCUGGCAUACAAUUCAAAGAGUCUUGGAACUUUUUGAACACCUCUCGUUUAUAUAAUUUCAGACCCUCUUUUCAAUUGAUAAAAAUGUGUUAUUCUCCGAAAUGAUUGUUGCUAAGAAUUCUUACAAAUAAGCCAAACAAAAUAAAUACUUGGAAGAUUUAAUAAAAAUCAUUGAAGAAUAUAUUCAUCCAAAUUGUGCAUAUUGUUUAAAGUUUUAUUAGUUUCGCCAAUUUCUUCUUUGUGUAAUCGUAGUUUUAUGUGCCAUAUUAAAACUUGAACAAGUUUGUGGGGUAAAACAGAUUACCUGAUUUAGCUGUUAUUCAUAUAGAAAAUGAAAUAAAAAUAGAUAGAGGGUGUAACUCCUCAGGAGUCACUAAUUAGUUAAUUUUGGAGGGACUUGAGCACUACCAGAGUACUAAUUGGAUUUGCUCAUAUGGCCCCAGAAAUUACUAGAGAUUACUACAUAAUCCGCCAAAAUUUGUUGUUAAAUAUAUAUUUUUUUUUUCUUUCUAAAAUUGAAUAAUUACCAUGCUAUCUUUAUUUAUCACGAACACACAUAUUCUGUUAUUCUUUUAAAUUUUCAUUUAUUUCAUCAUUGACUACAUUAUAAAUGAUUAUACUCAUCUAAGAGAUUAUCUUCAUCUACAAUCUGGUCAAUUUGUUUGUUAUAAUUUUGCAAAACAAAUUUUAAACUUUCUUGAAUGUCAUCCCAUAUUGUAUUUGUUUUUUAAAAAUUGUAUGUAUCAUUCGUAUCCAAUAAAUAGAUUCUUAAUUAUAGACACUAUAUUUAUCUCCUUCACAUAAAACCCGAUUGAAAAAAAAAAAAGUAAUAUUGACAGAGUUAUUUAUUAGCCAAUGGAUAAUACUAUAAUACCAUCUUGUACAUACAAAUUUUAAUAUGGAGUAAUAGUAAUAGUAGACUCAGUUCUGAGGAAGGUCUCAUAUUAGAAUUUUCUCUAAACUACAUAAAAAUAAAUUAUUCUUUAAAAGUGGAUUUUUAAUUUAUUUAUUUUAUUUACUUCUGUAUAACUUAUCAAUGUUUAAAGGUUUUAGUUAAUUUGAACAUUUUCUAAACAAUGUAUUACUUUGAUUUUUAUUUUAGAUUUAAUGAGCAAACAAAAAAUGAAAUAAAAGAAGAAAUGGAUGAUGAAACAUAUGGCACUACAUCUAAUGGACUGAUUAAAAACAAUUAUUCACAAAUUGAGUGAGUAAUUUUCACUUCAAGGCAUUUAAUUUUAUAUUAACUCCUUGCAAAACAAAUAUACUUAUAUAUUAUUUUUGUAUUAUAAUUAGAGCCAUCGAACAUGAUUUUUCACAGAUCAAAAUUUGUUUCUAAUAGUUUAAAUUACAAAAUACUACGGUGAAAAUUAUUUUUGGCAUAAAAUAAUGUGUACAGUAUAGUUGCAUAAAAAUAAAGUUCUGAUGUAGGUAAAAAAAAAAAAUACAAAUUCAUAUAAUUAUAAUAAAAAAAAUUUACUAAUUUCAUGCAACAUUAUUUGAUAUUUCUUUAAUAAAUGUAGGAAUAUCAUUAAUCAGAGAAUUUAUGAAAGCCCAGUGUUGGCUUAGUUGUCAUUCAUUGAUUUAAUUGCUUAUUCUAACUACCUAUACAUAUACAAUCAUUUUUUUUUUUUCAUGUAUAUAUUAUAAUAUUUUAGAUUCUGGGUGGAGCGAAGAAACUUAUGUUUUUACAAAGUUGUUUAUUUAUUUUUUCCUGUGGACAACUUUUCUGCCAGCAAUCUUGACAUAAUUUACAAUGAUAGCACUUUUUCUCAAAGAACAUCCGAUGGAGGGAGUACUUUAGAGAGAUAAUUUUUCAAUUUUCCCAGCCAAUUGGAAAAAAAACCAGAAAAUGUAUGAAAUUUAGGUAUUUGUUGAAAAAUUAUUGCAGAUUUUUUUUUUUAAGUGUACAACUUUUUUCUCUCAGUAUAUUAAUUUUUUUUUGGAAAUUGUUUUCUAGAACAUUUAAGACACAAGCAGCUCUACAAUUUUAUAUUUAUGUUAUUUUUUGUCAUCCACUUUUUGUUUGAUUAAACUACUACCUACUUUUGAUUUUCAAAAGGUGCUCUAUAUUAAAUAGUUCAUAAAUAAAUAGAAUAUCAGUUAAAAACAAAUUUAGUGUUGAAAAUUUUGAUUUCUGUCAACCGUUGACGAGAUGUUCCACUUUUAAGUUUGGGUUGCAGGAGAGUAGUGGGUAUUAUUAACACGCCGCACGCUGUUCCUAAUCUUCUUCAAACCAUACUUAAAAGUGGUAUAUCUUGUCAACCGAUUGACAAAAAUCAAAAUUACAACACUUAAAUUUAUUUCAACUAAUCCUUUAUCUAUUUAUGGAAUUUUUUGUAUAGGUAGCUAUUUGAAAAUCAAAUGUAGGUAAUGGUUUUACACCUUGUUGUUUCUAGAAAACAAAUUCCAGACAAAAUUAAUAUAUUAUGAGAUAAUGAGUGUACCCGCUGGAUCACCUGGUAUACCUAUACUUAUAAUGACAUUUUAUGUGUAGUUCCAUCUAAAUUUUGAAGUCUGUUUGAUUUUAAAAUUUAAAUUUGUUGAUGAGUUGUUAAUUUAUAAAUUAUAAAUAAUUUAUUUUUCAGAUACUUUUGCAACUCCGAACAAAUAACAAUAAAAAGGGAAAUGAUGUAAUUGAUGAUUUUGUAUAUGAAAGCGAAAUUACAAUUAUAAAUAAUAAUCUUGUAGAAUAAUGUUUAUUUAAAAAAUCAAAAUUCAGAAACUACCGGUUUACAUGUAACAAUUGUAGUACGUCAUUUAUUUCAAAAUCGAGCUUGAAAUCUCAUUCUUUGUUAAAACAUAUAAUAGAGAAACCAUACAAAUGUACAGAGUGUCAUAAAUCAUUUAUUUGGCAAGAAACUUUAUCACACCAUGAGAAAGCUUAUAAUAAAAAAAAACCAUACAUCAUUGAACAUAUAAAAGCAAUAGCUUUCCAAUAUGACAAAAGUAAUAAAUCAUGUGCACAGAAACCUAAUUCAGGUGAAAAACCUUUUAAUUGUGAUAUUUGUCAAAAAUCUUUAUCUUAUUUAACUAAUUUGAACACUCAUAAGUUAAAUCAUACUGAAAACAAGCAAUACAAAUAUAACAUCUGUAAAAAAUUGUUUCCAGUAAAGUAUUAUUUGAUACAACAUAUGAAGACUCAUACUGGUCAUAAACCUUUUAAAUGUAUAUUGUGUGAGAAUUUAUUCGGAAGUAAAUUGUAUUUGGAGAGACAAAUGAACUCAUGAAGGUCUUAAAUCUUUUAAGUGUGAUAUUUGUAAUGUAUCAUUUUCACAAUCAGUAAUUUUGAAAAAUCAUAAAAUCAUUCACUCUAGAGAUAAACGAUACCAAUGCAAUGUAUGUCUGAAAUCAUUUGGAAGAAAAUGGUACUUGGACUCGCAUAUGUGGACUCAUUCAGUUCAGAAACCUUUUAAUUGUGAAAUAUGUCAAAAACAAUUUUCUCAAUUAUCUAGUUUAAAGAUUCAUACGUUAACUCAUACUGAAAACAAGAAAUAUGAAUGUAAUAUUUGUAAAAAAUUGUAUAAAUUAAAGUGUUAUCUGACAAAACAUUUGAGAACUCGUACCGGUCAAAAAUCUUUUAAAUGUGAAUUAUGUGCGGAAUCAUUUACAUAUAAUUUUUAUUUGCAGACAUAUGAAGACUCAUACUGGUUAA